CAAAAAUUUUGACCAAAAAAUAGUUGCCCAUUCUUCAUGAUGGAUCAAUAAAAGAAAAAGAGAGAAAAUAUGAUGGGUAAGUUAAAAAUAGAAUAAACAAGAAAAACAAUACUUAAAAAAACACAAAAACAACUAUAGUAAUUGCCAAGGUUACUGGUGCACUAAUUUAAAUCAAGUAUUUAAUUACCAAGACCCAAGAAAGAUGUCAAAAUUGAUUCAGCUAAUUUUAAGUUUAAUCAAUUUAUUAGAGGAACUCCUAAAUUUUUAAGAUUACAAGGGGGCUUUUUUUUCGUUGAUUGAUAUAAUCACUUAAAUAUCUAAAUAAAGCAAAUAUAAUCAAAUUGGAUAUUUUAAACAUUAAACCGGGUUCUUGAUGACUGGAAUAUUUCUCUACCAAUUUUCAUCAAGAUAAAUUUUUAGAGGUAAUUUUUUUUAAAAAAAGGCCACGUACCACCAAAAAUAAACUGAAGGAAAUUUCGAUCAGAAAACUUGUUCGCGAAUUUUUCGUCCCCAAAAACCAACGCUUGCAAUUAAACGCAAUCCAAAGAAACCUCCGAGAGCAUUCUACAUGCAGCAAAUUAAUUCGCCCCUCCCAAAUCGCCGAAAAAAACCGUAAUUUGACCCACAAAAAACCCUAAUUUUGCCCCCAAUUUUAUUUUUAGAAAUUCUAAAUCUUAACGAAAAUCCAAUCUUUGACAAAUUAAUUUGCGCCCUACCUCCCCCAAAGCCCACGAAAAAAUCUAUAAAUACCACACUAUGUUCAUCAAUCUUAAUUCAUUCACAACAAUUUCACGAUUCCACAAUUCUCAAAUUUCUCUCUUUCUCUUAUUCUCUCUCUACAACAAUGCAUCGGAAGAAUUUGGGCGAAGAAGAAAGAAUCCGGCGAAAACGGCAACGAGAAGAGAGAGAAGGAGAUGAAGAAGAGGAGGAUGAGACGCCGGAGAAACGAAGGGUUAAUAUGUACUUAGAUUUGGAUGCCAUAGAAGAUGAUGCAGAUGAAGAAGAGGAUGAUGAAGAUGAGUUUGAAGAUGGCUUCAUUGUUCAUUCAGGAGAUGAUAUAGCAGAUGAAUAUGAAGUUGGUGAGAGUGUGCCUAACUCGCGCUUCGUGGAUAGGAGGGAUGAGGAAGAAAUGGAUGUGGAAGCUAUGGAGAAAAUGGUCAAUGAAAGAUAUGGUUCUAGAAGUUUAGAGGGCUAUGAUGAAGAUUUUGCUGAAGAAAUUACAGAGGUGGAGCAACAAGCUCUUUUGCCAUCUGUUCGGGAUCCUAAGUUAUGGCUGGUUAAAUGUUUGCCUGGUCGUGAGAGGGAAGUUGCUGCUUCGCUUAUGCAGAAAUCGUUGAAUGAUUUCACGUUACAUAUUUUAUCAGCUAUUGCCCUGGAUCAUCUAAAGAAUUACAUCUACGUUGAAGCAUACUGCGAGGCUCAUGUCAUGCAGGCUUGCAAGGGAAUGCGCAAUGUGUUUGCUCGUAAUGUAUCAAUGGUACCAAUGAAAGACAUGAGUAACGUCCUCUGUGUUCAACGUAAAGAUGUACAUGUUUCGACAGGAGAUUGGGUAAGGCUGAAGCGAUCAAAUUAUAAAGGCAGCCUUGCUAAGGUUGUAGAUGUUGAUACUGUGAAGCACAAAAUUACUGUGAAAGUUACUCCUAAGUUGGGUGCCUUGUCUUUGUCAGAUAGAAUGGAAGGCGUAGAUUACUUGUAUAAGACUGUUGCUCUGACUUCAAUUGCGACAGGAAAUAUAAAUCCCAGUAUACAAGAAGUUGAAAACUUUCGAGAAAUAGGAGAAACUGAUGCAAAUUUGGGGACUCUUUUUAAAGGAAAAGAGAAUGGAUGUUGGAUGAGGGGUGAUGCAGUUGUAGUGGUGAAGGGUGACUUGAAGAAUUUGAAGGGUUCAAUUGAGCAUGUUGAGGGAGAUAUUGUUCAUAUAAAACCUAAUGAGAAGAUACCUUUGAAAACGAUUGCGAUACACAAAAGAGACCUUGCCAAGUACUUUGAACCCGGCUGUCAUGUGAAGGUGAUAUGUGGUGUACAGAAAGGUACAACUGGUAUGGUUGUUAAGGUUGAUCAAAUGAAGCUUGUGAUUCUCUCUGAUGCAUCAAAGGACCAUAUUACUGUGUUUGCUAGACAAGUCAUAGAAUCAAGAGAAACAUCAGAGAACAGCUCCGAACAAAGAAUUAGAUACAAUAAUCAAGAUAGACGACAUCAAAAAGUUUCUUCCUCAAGAUAUCUACCACAAUCUGCAUCAUCCUACAAAUUGCUUCCUGAUUUUCGCCCUUCACCCACAUUGGGACAAAGGACAGCACACACUAGAAAACGGCAUGAUUCAUUAAUUGGCAGCAAAGUGAAAAUAAUUCAGGGUCCUUACAGAGGAUAUCGCGGAUGUGUUAAGGGUGUCAAUGGACAUAAUGUGAGGGUCGAGUUAGAGGCUCAGAUGAAAGUGAUUACAGUUGAACGUAAUCAUAUAACUGACAAGUUGACUGUUCCAAAAACAAUCGACAAAAUGGCACAACAAAGGACGGGAGGAGAAACGCCUUUGCAUCCUCGUACACCUUUGCAUUCUAUGGGAGGCGAGACACCUUGGCGAACUCCUUUCCGAAGUCCACGCCCAUCUACUCCUAUUUUCCAUGGCUCAGGAGAAUCUGGUCGAGAACAGUGGAAUCCUUGCUCCUUGACGAGCCCAUCUAGGCUCGUUCCUACACCUUAGCUUGUCUUCAUGGUGUAGCAAACACACUACUCCCAAUAAGAGUAUAGAUAUCUUUAUUUACAAAUAAGAUUAUACAUAUAAACGGAGAUUGACAUUUGAUGUAAGUUGGAUUUUCAUUUACUACAAAAUUCCAUAAAUUGACUAUUUCAAAACU